AUGUCCUGGGCAGCUGGACGGGAAACCAAACGGGAGGAGGACGCAAUCUACUCUCUACUUGGCCUCUUCGACGUACACAUGCCACCUAUCUAUGGUGAAGGCAAAGCAAAUGCAUUCGAUCGCCUCGAAUUGGAGAUGCAACGAAAGCUAGCACUUGAUAGUUCACGCAAAAGGACCGCCGAGGAGGCCUUUGAAACCACGCUACAGGAAGGAAGCAAUUCAAAGCUGAAACAGUCUGCAAGCGACAGGGCGCAAGAGCAUUCAGUGGCAAUGCAGGACUGGUGGGCUGAAGCCAUGGCCAGGAAUAUGGGGACACCCAGAGGCUAUGCAAAAGUCGCUGUAUUGCUCUUGAGAUGGGCAGAUGAAUUGGAUGAUUUACGAACCAGUGUCGAAAUAAACUGGUACAAGACGGAAGACUACCUCCGCUCGGACGAAAUCGACGGAGACGUUCUUGCAAUACUAGACGCAACGUAUGCGAGUAACGGCAAUACAGGUCAUGUACCCGAGGACGUCAGCAACUCCAACUACAGGGACCAAGAGACUACUCGGCGUUUUCAGUUGAUGAACGGCUGUGGUCAGAUACCUCCUGGCCGUUUGUCGUUCACGCGCAGGUUGAUUGACGGGUUGAAAGAGCUUCACGAACGUACCAACAACUCCGCGUUUUCAACUCAGGACCUUCAUCAGUGCAUUGAGAUGAGACCCCCAGGCACAAGCCCUGAACUAUGGUCUUUGCUACCAGACAAGCGCCAUAUUCCUUUAACACCGAUGGUCCAAUUAGGGCUCGAUGCGAGAGUACCCCAGCAGCACCGUAAGCGCCCUGGACGAGGAUACCUGAAGCUCGGUCUCGAAAUUAGGGAUGCGUCUUUGGAACAGGAACAGGUAGAUUAUCUUGCAAAGGUUUUGUCGAGAGCAUUGGACAAACAGUUCAUAGGCCUUCGCGGGAUUGAUUGGCUUGGGUUCGAGCGUCGUGAAAAGGAAUUUAUCUCCUUCUCCGAAAACCUUGCCUUGAAACUGAGGCAAAGAGGAAAGCAGGAAGUGCCUCUGCCGUUCAUCAAGCCCUUCUUUCGUAGCAGAGUCAAGUUUAGCGAAUCUGAGCUUGUGAGUGGCGUGAACUAA